AUGCUGCUCUCUUCACAGGUGGCGCGUGCAGCGCAGAAGGCGCCGGUGACCGCGGGCCUAUUGGUGUUCAUGUGCCUCGUGCUGCUGCUGAGCUCUUCCAACGAUUUGACGUGCAUGCAUAGCGCCCUCUAUGAGCUGUUUCCGUGGCGGUUCAUCACGUACCCGCUUGCGAUGACGACGCGGCAGCCCUGGCGUGUCGCCGUGAACACCGCUGUUGUCCUCGCCGGGGCGUCUGCUGAGGCAGCCACAGGCAGCAGCGAGUACGCCACCUUCCUGCUCUUCACCACCGUGGCGACAGGCGUUCUGGUGCUCCUCACAGACCUCGUCAUUUUCGAUCCGCUACGGCUUGUUGUUGGGGGCGGCGACAACAGCCACAACCAGCCGUACGGUUACACUGGCGUGUGGCCGGUGGCGGAGGUGGUUGGAUUCUCUCUGUGCCGCGUGCGGGGGGUGUCGGCGUUGGUCGGUCCGCGACUGCGCUGCGGUCAGCUGACGCUCCAACGAGUCCCACUCGCCAUUGUCUGGGCCGCCUUCGGCUGUGAUGUGGUCUCGCUGGUGGUGGGUCGCAGUGCUGAGGGUUAUAAUGAGCACUGUGCAGGUUGGCAGGUUAUGGUGGCGUCCAUUGCCUUGCUUGUGAGCUGGCUAUACGAACGCCGCGUCACCGGAGCUGCGAACAGCGCCUUCGCCUUAGAAGCCUUCAUGUAUCCGGGCCCGCUCAGGGAGGGCGCGCGCUGGGUGUGCGGUCGCGUGCAGAGGCGUCUGCACGCGUCGCCACUGCACUUUCUACUUCCACCUGAGGGAGGAGUCGAUGGUGGGGCGGCAGCGCUGCCCACGCCGUUGUUCUCCCGCACCGCCGUGGGCAACCCCUUUCCUGGCAGCUCAAACACCGCGACAACGACGACCACGGCGCUACUGCCCGGUACAACCGCAGAGGAGGCGGAAAGGCACCGCGUCAUCGCACGAGAGGCCCUCGCCCGCCGACUUCAGCAGCAGCAGUCAAGUGCAUCUGCGUCAUCCGCUGCGGAGGCGGCCGACUCGGUGGCGAAGACAGCGUAG